AUGUCCUCGCCCACAACACCAUACAACUACUCAUAUGCCGCCAUCCCAAGCGCAUUCGUUCUCGGACUUGUCCCGCACGGCUAUUAUCUUACGCGGCUGAUGAUAGCAACCAAGAACGCACAAUCGAACGCAAUGCCUCGCACCAAUCUCGAGACUUGGAAAGGAAAGCUCCCACACGCGCUAUGGAAUCACCUUGCUCGAGCGCGCGGGACGCACCUCAAUAGCAUGGAAGUCUUUCCUUUGUUCGCAGCGGCAAUGGUCGCAGGAAAUGUGGCCAAGUUACCAGCGGAGGAUCUAAACAGCGUAGCGUGGAGUUUCUUUACCUCCCGAGCUUUGUAUAUGGCCUUGUAUCUUGGUGUGAAGAGUGAUAUGCUGGCGCCGGCCCGCACUGGCGCGUAUGUCUGGAGCAUAUCCAUUCCAAUAAUGGCUCUUUGGAGAGCAGGGAGAGUCGCAGCAGACAAUGCUUAG